AUGGCACCCACCACAACAAGAGAUGUUGUUGAGGCACCCAAGAUUGAAAUUACCUUAACUCUUGUUUUGGGAAAGAAAUACUUUCAACAGGUGGAAGAAUCUGGAGAUAGCGACCUUUCUCAAUUCUUGCUACAAUGCAGGCAAAAGGCAUUUGACUGGAUUGUCAAUCAGGACCAAAUGCAAUUGGAGUAUGAUGCUCCUAAUUUGUUGCAAAGGUUUCUUUUGGUUCUUUUCUAUUUUCAAACCACAAGGUAUCAACCAUGGAAGGAGUGCAAUCCACCAUCAACGUCCCAAGGGAGUGCAAUUUCUGGUCUCUGUUAUGAACCUCAUCCUUUGACUGGCGAAGCAACAUCAGACAUUUGGGGGGAUCAGUGGCUCUCCCGCAGUCAUGAAUGCCAGUGGGGUGGUGUAAGCUGUCUGGCCACUCAGUCAGGGAAGAGGACAGUUGUGGAGCUGGGUCUUGGAUGGAAUUGGCUCAAUGGCCCUCUCCCUUGGGAGGUCACACGAUUGCAGCUGGGAAGACUUCACUUAAAGUACAAUCUGCUGACUGGAUUGCUACCUCCAGAGCUACUGUCCACAGAAUCCAGCCUCCCCUUGGAGUAUCUAGGGUUGAGUGUGAAUCAAUUCACAGGGGCAAUCCCUGCAAGAUGGUUUGACAAUCUGGAUGAAGGACCUGCAAAGCUUACCGCUCUUCAACUCUAUUCAAACCAACUGAUUGGGACGCUUCCAUCUGAAGUAGGGCUGUUACCCUUGAGACAGCUAUAUGUUGGCCGCAAUGAACUGACAGGUUCCCUACCAACAGAAAUUUUCAGCAUCGCUUCUUUGGAGACUCUUCUUGUUGACUCUAAUGAGCUUACUGGGACCCUGCCAAAGAUUGGUCUGGCAACUCAGUUGGGGGAAAUGUAUCUUUCCUUCACCAGCAUGCAAGGGACACUCCCGGAAGAGUUCUACACUGGACUCUCAGAACUCAACACUUUUUGGGGCAAUAAUUGCAAUUUUUCUGGGACUAUCAGCUCAUUGCUUGGUCUUUUGACAAGCCUUGAGUGGCUGGACCUAUCCAACAACAAUUUUGAUGGCACAAUUCCCAAUGAGAUUGAGGCACUGCCUAAGCUUCGUCGAUUUCUGGUGAAUGGGAAUGCACUUACUGGCACUGUUCCUGUAUCUGUAUGUUACUCUGCUGCUUUUGUUGAGAAUUACGGAGGUACUUCUGAGUUUGUGGCUGACUGUUUGCCAAAUGCAGAAACUGGAGUUCCCACUAUCGAAUGUGCUGCUGACUGCUGCACCAGUUGUUGUGACGAGACUGGGGUUUGCCUUGCCAAUUGA